AUGGACUUUUCCUCUGAUGCCAAAACUGAAGAUGGAAGAAAAUGGAAUUUGAAAGUUGCAUCCUGGAACAUAAAUGGAAUCCGUGCCUGGUUACAGAAAGAUGGCACCAGUUACAUAAAAGCUGAAUCUCCAGACGUCAUGUGCCUUCAAGAAACCAAAUGUGACACAUCCAAAAUCCCUAAAAAUUGUGAAGUCGAGGGCUACCAUUGUUACUGGCUGUCUGGAGAUCAAGAAGGUUAUUCUGGAGUUGGAAUGAUGACUAAAAAAGAACCCAUCAAAGUGUCGUAUGGUAUAGAUGUCGCCGAGCACGAUAAAGAAGGUCGAGUCAUCACUGCAGAAUUCGAGAAAUAUUUUGUAGUCACAGCCUAUAUCCCUAACAGUGGUAGAGGGUUACCUAGACUGGAAUACAGAACCAAACAAUGGGAUGUAGAUUUCAUUGCUUACUUGAAAAAACUGGAUGCUAAAAAACCAGUCAUUUUAUGUGGAGAUUUGAAUGUCGCUCAUUUGGACAUCGAUCUGAAGAAUCCUAAAACCAAUAAAAAGACAGCUGGUUUCACCCCUCAGGAGAGAGAAGGCUUCACUAAUCUAUUACAGGAGGGUUUCGUAGAUUCGUUCAGGAAACUUUACCCCAAGAAAGAGGCAGCUUAUACUUUCUGGGCGUAUUUUAUGAAUAACAGGGCUAAAGAUUGUGGGUGGAGAUUAGAUUAUUUUGUAAUUUCUGAGCGUUUAACGAAAGAUCUGUGUGAUAGUGUUAUUAGGAAAUAUGUUUUGGGCAGUGAUCACUGUCCAGUUGUAUUUCUAGCCAACAUUUCUUAA